CACGCGCGGCCCGCCCACGCGUGUCCCGACAUGUGCGCGCGCCCGCGCGCCUGUGCGCGUGCGCGGCGGGCCGGGGGGACACGCGUGGCGGGAGGACGCGCCGGGACACGUGAGUGACCGCGGGAACGCUGCGGGGGGGGUGGGGGGGGCGGCGGGUGGCGAGGAGGAGGAAGCUGCGGGUGCCAUGCGUGACCGGCGACACGCGUGACCGGCGACACGCGUGUACCACGCGCCUCCAGCUGCCCCCCCCGCCGCUGCCCCACUUCUGCGCGGCGCCAUUGGCCGGGCCGGGCGGGGGCGCCAGGAGCCGCGGGGGGCGGGAGCGGCCACCCCUCACCCUGUGCCCCCCCCCCAGGCCGGCCGGGCGAUGCUGCGGGCCCCGGGGCCGCUGGGGGCCCCCCCCGGCCGCCUCCUGCUGCCCGACGCCGCUGCCGCCCUGCGGCUGCUGCCGCCGCUGCCCGCGAUGGAGCCGGUGCCGAAGGCAGUGCUGGGGGCGGCGCUGGGCAAACCCCGGCGCCCCGUCAUCGCCUGCAGCGUCUGCCAGAUCCGUUUCAACUCUGAGAGCCAGGCGGCAGCACACUACCAGGGCAACCGGCACGCGCGACGCCUGAAGGGGCUGGAGGCCACCCGUGCCCGCCGUGGGGGGGACACCACAGGGACCCCCAGCCCCAUGCCCACCGCAGCUGGGGAGAUGCCUGACAGCACAGCAGGUGACCAGCCCCCAGCACCUGCAGCCCCCGGUGCCCCCAGGCCACCCUCGCCUCCUGUUCCCCCCCCGGCUGCAGCUGCAGAAGCAACAGGGGGCGCGGGGGGGGGGCGGGGGGGGUCUGAGGAGGAGGAGGAGAAGGCAAAGGCGAAGCGGCUGCUGUACUGCGCCCUGUGCAAGGUGGCCGUCAACUCCCUUUCGCAGCUGGAGGCCCACAACAAAGGGACAAAGCACAAGACGCUGGUGGAGGCACGCAGCGGCCUGGGGCCCAUCCGCGCCUUCCCGCGCCUGGGGGGGCUGCGGGGGACCCCCCCAGCUGAGGCCCCCGAGCGCUCCUUCCACUGCCAGAUCUGCAACGUCCGCCUCAACUCUGAGCUCCAGCUCAAGCAGCACAUCUCGAGCCGGCGGCACCGGGAUGGCGUGGCUGGAAAACCCAACCCGCUGCUGAGUCGCCACAAGAAGCCCCGGACCCCCACGGAGCUGGCACCGCUGCCCUUCCAUAAGGAGCUGCCGAAGGCACUGGCUGGGGGGGGGCUGCUGCCACCCCCCCUGGCCCUGGCAGCUGCCGCCGCUGCCAUGGCUGCCCCACCGCUGGCACUGCGCCCCCCGGGGCCCCCCCUCCUGCCCGGGCCUCCCCUGGCACCCGCCCUGCUGCGCCCCGCCCCCGGGCCCCUGCGCCCCGCCCACGCCCCCCUCCUCUUCUCCCCGUACUGACACCAGCAACCGGUACCCAACCGCCACCCCAUGGCAACCACCCAGAAACCGGUACCCAACCAUCACCCCCUGGCAACCGGUAUCUAACCAUAACCCCCUGGCAACCAGUACCCAGCAACUGGUGCCCAAUCAUC